AUGAUCAUCGGCCCUGAUUCGGCGAGCGGGCGCCCACCGGCCUCGAACGGCGCCACCGCCGGGUCACAGCCGCCAGCUUCGAGCGCCGCCGCCGCUCAGGUCAAGGAAGGCUCUCUGAGCCCUUCGGAAGCCGCCGCCAAUACCCUCCACGCCCUCUCGCGCUCCAGCGGGCCAUCGACGCCAUCGCACCUGCAAGCUGCCUCACCCCCCAAUGCGGUCGCUGGCGUGGCCACCCGACCGAGCUCGGCGUCCCUCUACGCCUCGCCGCAAGCUCGCACCCAGCAGCAGCCAUCGCCCUUCAACGUGCGCAGCAAUGCUUCGCUGCUCAGCCAGAGCCUGUACUCCAACGUCGGUCCGUCCGGCAACUCGUCCUCAACCUCCCCAAGCGCAUCGGCAUCCGGCUCAUCCAAGGUGCAACGGCCGGAUUCUGGCUCUCCAGCAGGGUCCGGAUCGCCGCUCAAGCGCGAAAUGGAGGCCCUAGGCGCCAAGGGAGGCUCCUCGUCCUCAGCCGCCGGCAGCGCCGCGUCGACGCCAACCGCCUCCAAGUCUGGCGGCCGCGAUGGCUCGGCCAGCAAGCGCAAAAAGGCCAACCGAGCAUGUUUCCACUGCCAGAAGGCCCACCUCACCUGCGACGACUCGAGACCGUGCCUGCGGUGCGUCAAAAAGGGGCUCGCGGACACCUGCACGGACGGCUUCCGCAAGAAGGCCAAGUACCUCCUCGAUGACGAAGAGCUCGAGGAGCUCAAGCGGCAGAAGGCGGUCAAGGCGGCCGAGCGGAAGAAGGCCAAGCUGCAACAACAACAGCAGCAGCAACAACAACAGCCACAGCAGCCACAGCAGCUGCAGGCCCCAGCCGCACCGAGCGCCGCACAAAUACCUGCUCCUCCAUCUGGCCCGCCUCUCGACAAGCCGUAUGUCGGCACCGGCCCCGUCGAAGCCCAGCAGCCGCCGGUCAGCGGCAACGCAGACGCCAGCCCGGCCAAUGACGUGCUUUCGAGCCAUUUCGACUCUGGGCAGAGCGCAGCCUCUCACCAGUCAGAGCCAGCCUUUGAGCUGGCCUUUGACCCGACGCACAACUUUGGUUCAGAGGCGACGUCGCUCGAGUACUCGAUUCUGUCGUCGAUGCUCAACGGCACAGAUCUGGCCCUGCUCGGGUCGGGCACCGACUCGCCAGACUUCCAGACAAGCCCGGCGAUGGGCAUCCUCGACAACAUUGGCGAGUACGGAAGCAUCACGGGCGUCAACGGCUGGAACAAGCCUGCCAUCAGCUCGGCCACGAGUUUUGACGCAAUCCUAGGUAGCAGCGCCGGUGCUCUCGACACGCUGUCGGCCUACAACGAUCCGACCGGCCUCUCUGCCACUUCGCCCGACUUUGCCUCGGGCGUUGGUGCCGGCGGCGGCGGCGCCAUCCUGUCUGAGCUACCGACGACCGAUGCCGGCUUCACUGCGCUCGAGGUGCCAUCGCCGGCGGCAAGCAGACCAGCACCGUUUGACGGCGGGACCGCCGCGUCGACCACCGCCAUGGCCACGACUGGCCUCGGCGGGUACGAGGCUGACCAGUCGAGCCUGCCGGCACCUGCCUCUGUCGAGCAGGCUGCCGCUAUCGGCGGCGACACGGCCUUCGACAGCGGUGCCCUACCUCCUGCUGGCGGCUCGAGCGUGACGGGCGCUGCCUCGGACACGUACUCGGCCAACCGCUCGCUCUCCAACGAGCCGCUUCCAGACAUCAACAAGGCGAUCGCCUCGAGGCGCAACCAGCGGCUGCAGCAGGACAGCCUCUGGAAGGCACGGGUCGCCAAAGUCUAUCGCGACAGCACCAAGCCGUUCCCGUAUCCCGAAGGCUACCACUUUCUCAUCAAGUACGCCACGGAGAAGUUCGGCAAGCAGGACGUGCUGCGGGUGGUUCGGGCCCUGGCCAUCUUCCGGCCAUCGCUCAUCGCCCUGCAGAUGCCCCUGACCGAGGAGGACGAGAUUUUCGUGGAGCGCUCCUUCCAAAGGACGAUACUGGAGUUCGAGAAGCUCAUCUCGUUCUCAGGCACGCCGACCGUCGUGUGGCGCCGGACGUGCGAGAUCUGCGUCGUGGGCGCCGAGUUCUGCAUGCUGACGCAGUGGUCGCGCGAGGAGCUGUUGGGGCGGUACAUCUACGAGUUCAUGGACAAGAGCUCGAUGCUCGACUACUGGGAAAAGUUUGCGCUGCACGCCUUUGAGAACACGACCCAGUCCGUCAUGACGACGUGCACGCUCAUGACGCCGCAGGGCAAGCCGGUGCCGUGCGCGUGGUCGUUUACCAUCAAGCGCGACAUCUUUGACCUCCCCAGCCUGGUUGUAGGCAAUUUCCUUCCGGUCCUGUCCUAG